AUGAAUGUGGUUUGGCUUCCUAUUGCGUUGGUUGUAAUAGCCAAUAUUGUAACGACGGCAAAGGUCAGCGAUCAAGGAUGCCUAGAUAUGUACGUAUUUUCCAGCACUUACGCUACCAUAUCAAACACAAUUGGCACGUUGGAAGGCCAGGUAAAAACUCUGAAAGGCCAGCUUGACAACAUCUUACAAAGUGCAUGCUUAGAACCGGGCCCGAACACUGACACAACGACCCGGUUCAAUCUGACCUACUGUGAUUUUGAGGAUGGCCAUUUAUGCAACUAUGUAAACAAAGGAUCUUCUUAUGCUUGGAAUUUAUAUUCUGCCAUUCCGAAUGUCCGCGACCACACCUACAUGGGGGCCAAAGCUGGGCAUUUCAUCCGGACCUACGACACCAGCUCACUACAGCUUACCUCCCGUAUGUUCGACAAAGCGAAUUCAUACUGUAUACGCUUUUAUCUGAGGGCAACAAACACAAGCAGUCAGUUUGUGGUGUACAUAAAGGAGGAUGGAGGGGUUGGCUACCCGAUAUACUCCCCAGCCCCUCACACCCCUACUACAUGGAGUCUUGUGGAAAUCGUCCCCGACCAAGAAUACCUCAGCAAGCCGUUCCAGAUCGCUUUCCAAGUUUUAUCUGGUGGUUAUGCUUUUCUUGACGAUAUCAUGGUGUACAACGCUCCUUGUCACACACCGGGAAUACGAAAACCUGUCUCGUGCAAUGGAAAAGAACUGACAAUUGAUAGAACAAAGCACUGCUAUACAGCUCACAUAGAACCCAGGACAUACAUAGACGCCAUCCGGGCAUGUAAGAAAGAGUGGCCACAGAAUCAUCUCUUGUCUGUAACGUCUGCAACUGUGCAACAGUACAUAGUAAACUGGAUUCAUAAUGACUCAGGCCUGUCAGCAGCAGGAGGACCCACUGGAUUUUGGACAAGCGGACAAGACGAGUUUAAGGAGGGGGAUUUCUAUUGGGCAUCGGACUUAGAACCAGUUAAAUUCAACUACACAAGCUGGCAUGUCGGCCAACCGAACAAUGUAGGAGGCCAUCAGAACUGUGUGCUGUUGGAGUACGCCAACGACAACUAUAACUGGGGUGAUGUUGACUGUGGAGAACGUCAUCCCUUCAUCUGUGAGGCAGUGUACACUUAA